GUUCGUUUUUACUUUACUCAAAAUUCGCUUUUUUUAAUUUUAUAAAUUUCAUUUUAUUAUACAAUAACCUUUUCAAAUGAGUUUUUAUUACGAAGAUGGACAAGGAAGCAUUGCUGAUGAGCAAGGAAAUGAGACAAUGGACUAUGAGGAAGAGACUGAUCCUUAUAACGUUACUUCCUUGUUGACUGCCUCACAAUAUCGAAUUCAUCAGGGGCGCUUUCCCGCUAAAGUUACAGAAGAACUUGAUGUCCAAAUGGAAGAAGUUUCUGAGGAAUUAUCCAAAGAUGUAGCAACCGGUAGAAAAUAUAAUGUAUAUUCUGACCAACAGAAAGCAGUUUUCUACUAUUUUAAUAGAGUGAAGCUCUGGAAUGCUGCUGCUUCAGGUCGAAAGGCUCAAGUUGAAAUUCGUACUGCUCAAAAAUGGGCAAAGCGUCUUAAAGAAGACCCAGAAUGGAACAUCUACGAAAAACAGACGAAUAUGUCAAACAGAAAACCACCGCAACUCCAAAACGAACAUAAACAGCACUUGGUUCAAUUUUUCGACAAGUUUCCUCAAGCUACCAGGCGAGAUGCAGUAGAUAGUUUAACAGAAGAGUUCCAGAAUUUCAAUUUAAAAGAAACUUCUGUAGGAAACUUCAUUCUUUAUGAGUGUAAUUUAACCUUUAAAAGAGCUACUUUGCACCCUGUGGCUAGAAAUAGCGCUGAGAACCUUGAUAAACCUGGUUUUAAUAUCAACAUGAGAAGCCCUAAUGCUCGUUCAGUCAAGGGUACACCAGCAAUAAUAGAAACACCAACUACUCGUGCCAUUACGCAUACUAUUUUAGGGGCUAUCACAGCUCAUGAUGUUAUUUCAAUUCAAAUC